GUCUCUCGCUCGCUCGCUCCCGGUCCGGAGCCCAGCCGGGGAGCCUCGAACGGCGCCCAGAGAGCAGCCUGCGGCGCCAGUGAUCACUGGCCAGAGUGAAUUUGAUGGACUCCUGGCCUUUCUCUUCAGCAGAGCGUUCUCUUUUGCAUGCCAAACGAAGCAGAUCAUCUGGCGAGAGAAGGCCUAAGGAGAGCUGUCUCAUGAGGUCAGAGCCAAGGUCCAUCCGGUGAGCACUCACGUCCCACACAGCAGCCAGCCAGUAUGUUGCUUCCAUUGAAUGAGUGGCUAUGGCAGCACAAAUUCUGGCUACCGCCAGGGAUCACCUGGGAGGAUAUGAAGGAAACAGAAGAGAUCCGCUACCCGCAGCCCCAACACCUCUUACUCUGCCUGCCAUUGGCUCUUCUGCUCAUUGCUCUCCGGUUUGCCUUUGAAAGGAACAUUGCUGUGCCCUUGAGCAGAAAGAUGGGACUGAGGGAAAAGGCACAAAGGAAAGCGCUUCCGAACCCAGUGCUGGAGGUGUUUUAUGCCACACACAAGAAAGGUCCCAAAGAGGCGGAGCUCAGCAGCCUGGCCAAGCAGUGCGACCUGCAGCCGAGGCAAGUGGAGAGGUGGUUCCGACAUCGCCAGAUCGAGGACCGUCCCAGCUUGACCAAGAAGUUCUCUGAAGCCAGCUGGCGCUUCACCUUUUACUUGACCUCCUUCUGCACAGGCCUGGCUGUCCUGUUUGAUAAGUCCUGGCUCUGGGACCAUCGAGAGUGCUGGACUGGCUACCCACAGCAGCCGCUGCUGCCCUCCAUCUUCGGCUAUUACAUGCUGCAGCUCUCCUUCUACUGCUCUUUGGUCUUCACCUUGCCCUUUGAUGUCAAGCGGAAAGACUUCCGUGAGCAAGUGGCCCACCACGCCAUCACCAUCUUCCUCAUCAGUUUCUCCUACUGUGCCAACUACCUCCGGAUCGGCACCCUGGUCAUGAUCAUCCACGACACUGCUGACUGCUUUCUGGAGCCCACUAAGAUAUUCAACUACCUGAAGUGGCAACGUACUUGCGACACUCUGUUUUUAAUUUUUUCAGCCGUUUUCCUGUUCACACGCCUGGCGAUUUUCCCCUACAUGGUCCUCUACAACACAUACUACUACUCCAUGGAGAUUUUCCAGCCCUUUUUUGGUUACUACUUCAUGAAUGCGCUCCUGAUACUUUUGCAGCUUCUCCACGUCUUCUGGUCGGGCCUCAUAAUUCACAUGGUUUAUAAAUUCUCGCAGUGCGGCACGAUGGAGAGGGAUCUGAGGAGUGACCUGGAGGAAAGCGAGAAGAGUGAGGAGGAUUCAGGGCAGCAGAAGGAAGCCAAGAGAAACGGGACCCUCCGCCGUGAGCCUGGCCGCAACAGCAGCGCUCGGCCCAGACGCCCCGCUGUAGAUGAGUGGCUGACACCGGCUGGCCAGCAGGCGCACCAAAGCGAGGCCACUCCAGUGGGCUCCACCAACUGCAUUGCACUCCCGACGGCGCCUGCGCCGCAAGCUUGCUGCUCGUAGUGCUGGAAGGGCACGACUUGAGCCUCCUGGCUCCCCGCAGGAACAGCUAAGCCAAACCUGAGAUUGUGCUGUUUUGGAGCCUGUUAUAGUCACUGUUACUCCUACUGUCUUGAGGUUGAGGGAGCGGAGGGGCAGCAAGAUGAAUCCUGAAGAAUGAGGACCAUGGCACCUGUCUUUGUCGUCUGGCCCUGAUCCAGGCUGAACACACAGUGCCCAUCAAAUAAUCACUGGGAUGGUUUGGUCGGUUGGGUUUUCCAGCAGCCCAAAAGCCAGAAGUGGACAUGCAAAUGCAAGCAAUUCCAGUUCACAAAUCUGGGAGAAU